AUAUAGACUUCGAUGGGCUUGGCGCCGUCUAAGCAGACGAACCCUUGUUUGGCUCUCGCAUAAACGGAGAUAAACGUCAAAAGAAUAACAACAAACAACGAACGGAAGCUCGCAAAAAAAUAAUAGAGCGAAAGUAUGUGCGCGCAAAAGUGAAACUAGCCCAUAUAAUGGGUAUAGGCCUAAGGAGUACCAUUUCGUAGUUUCUAUUAACGAUCCGUGUUUUAUUGUGACGAGCCUUAAGGAAACUAUCAAAGAUGUCGUCAGAAACCUCAACGGUCCGCAGUCUGCUUAAGGACAUUGAAACACUACUUCAUUCGCUUCAUAAGACAGUGGAAAAAUGUGAGAGGAAUAAGCCGCCUCAAGUACUUAAAUUACUUCAACAGGCAAAGGACUUAUUGAAAAGUGCUAAAGAGGAAAUUUUCAAUUUUGAAGGCGUCUCUACCCCGACACAGAAGGUCGCAGGCGCAGUGCAAGAAAGUAAAGCUUCAAAUAUCUGGGUCGGCAGAUCAAAGCGUACAAGUGAGGUGUUUGUCGGAAGUGAUGACGAUGAUGAACUGCUGCUAAAACAUAACUAUACUAGCAGCAGCAAUAAGUUAAAAAAGGUACGGCUGGACCAAAUAGGGGCAAUCCAAAGCAUAGAGAAACAGUCCUCAUCAACGGUAGAAGGAGAACCCGGGACAGCGAUUGCUUAUGACAGCAAUGUUAGGUCGGCAAUGAAAAACAAACAGUUCAGAGAGAACCAACGGCUGCCGAAAACUAACCUUGAAAAUGAUAAUGACUUGCGUAGUGGCAGAAUACGUGGUGACGAUGAUGACAGGAAGGAGGACAGAGAAGAGAACAACGGCAACGAUGACGGUAAUAGUAGUGAGGACUGCGAGUUUAACGACGAUGAACUCAACGCAAUCUGUGAUGAAGCGGAAAGAUCGCAGAUCUUUAAAAGUGAACAACAGCCAGAGGAUCUUCGUAAAUGCAAUGAUAUUGAAGGAGUGGUACCCCCUCGAAAAAUGCAUAUUGAAACGCUUAAAAAGCACUUCGGCCAUGAUGAGUUCAGAGACGCUCAAUGGAAGGUAAUUUAUUCUGUUUUGACAGAUCACAAAGACAACAUCGUGAUCAUGGCGACGGGAUCUGGAAAGUCGCUCUGUUUUCAGUUUCCGCCAGUUUAUCUUAAGAAAUUGGCUGUAGUAAUUUCUCCGUUGAUAUCGCUGAUGGAGGACCAGGUACGGGCGCUGGAGCAACAGGACAUUUUAGCUGCAUUCCUUGGGUCAAACCAAACAGAAAAAGAUUUCAUUGAAGAAGGAUUGUUCCAGGGAAAAUAUCGCCUUUUGUACGUUACUCCCGAAUAUAUUUCAGAACGAACUGAUUUUAUAUCCAGAUUGCACGACUCUGUCGGGGUCUGUCUGGUGGCCAUCGAUGAGGCUCAUUGUGUGUCACAAUGGGGACAUGAUUUUCGCACGGCAUAUCGUGAUCUUGGCGCCGUCCGAAAGAAACUUAAGAGAAUUCCAUUUAUGGCAUUAACUGCUACCGCUACCGCACGAGUGCAGUCCGAUAUUGAGCAGUCGCUAAAUCUUGUUCAACCGUGGAUCACUGUUACCCAGUUUGACAGACCAAAUAUUUUUUUAGAGGUCCGGCCACGAACUACACCUGAGAACGAUCUGCUACGGCUAACAAGUUUUGACGAAACAACGGUUGUGUACUGUCCCACAAGAGAAUCGACAGAAAACACAUGUCGUUUUCUGCGUCAGAAUAAUAUCGACGCAAUCGCUUACCACGCUGGUAUGAGCUCCGCAAAGAGGAGGAAAGUCCAUGAAGCCUUUUCCCUGGGACGGAUGUCCGUAAUUGUUGCAACGGUGGCAUUCGGGAUGGGAAUCGAUAAGGCAGACGUUCGGAGGGUUAUUCAUUACGGAGCCCCAAAAGACAUUGAAAGCUACUACCAAGAGGUUGGCCGAGCAGGUCGCGAUGGCGCACAGUCGUAUUGCCACGUAUUCUGGAAGCCUGCGGAUUUAACGGCAUCUCGAAGGUGGCUUGCUGAUAUCAAGGAUUCAAAAUUUCUACAAUAUAAAAGUGAUAUGAUCUCACAGAUGCAGACCUAUCUUGAAACGUCCAAGUGUCGCAGGAAGGCCCUUAUAUCACAUUUCAGUUAUUCGGAAUCCUCAAUGAUGCAAAUAAAGCCAAUGUGCUGUGAUAACUGCGAUAUCGAUUUAAAGAGAUCUUCUGGCAGUUCUAAGUUAAACACGCUCAAAAAUGAUUUUACAACGGACGCCACAUUGAUGCUGAAAGCUAUCCGACAACUCGGUGAGAAAUCUGGGUUGGGUUUAGUUGUGCUUCAUUUGAGUGGCAGCAAAAGUGUUAGAGUCAAAGACUGGAUGAAGGAAAAACAAUCGUACGGUUCCGGUGAGAAUAAAUCUCAGGAAUAUUGGAAGGCCCUUGGAACUAUGCUCAUAUCAGAAGGCUUCAUUAGUGAGACUACGGCUAAAGUUAAUAAUGCAGCCUCAAAAAAAUUUUUCGGCCCUAACUCUAACAAGUUCUUUACAAAUGUACUCACAGUCGUAAGCUUGACUCAGAAGGCACAUGAGUGGUUGAAUAGCAACAAAAAACUCUUGCUAGUUGCUAAUCAGCCAAUGCGCAAGGCUUUGGAGGAAAGGAGAGGCCGACCUAUAAGUAGCACCUCUGUAUUUGCUGCUAGUUCCUCUAAUACACCGAUUAUGGAGCGACGAGUUGCCAAUACUAUUUCUAUCAUGGACCCUCGCCAAAAGUCAUUAUACGACCGCCUUGUAAAUAUCCGUAACGAUCUGGCUACAGAUAAUGACUGUCCAGCGCCUAGUAUUUUUGAUAAUAAAAUAUUGUCAGUGGUAUCAGAGAAUUGUCCGAAAACCCUUACUGAAUUGCAAGAACUGCCAGGGGUGUCCGGAAAUAAGGCCAAAAAGUUUGGUCAACCGAUUGUAGAUGCUGUGAAAGAGUUCUGUUCAGUUAAUGAAGUUAGCACAUUUAAAGAUACCGCAAAAACGCUGACUUUGUCCGAGAUUCCAUCAAAUGUUCCUCAAAAUGCGAUUCGGUCAUUCAUGCUUUUCUCACAAAAUUAUGGGCUGUCAGAAAUUGCGAAUCAGCUAGGAUUGAAGCCUAGUACGGUCUUUGGGCAUCUUGCUGACUGUGUGGCUAAUGGGGUGUCUAUAAACGUAGAACGGCUUGGAUUUGACCGCGACCAAUGCCUAUUGGUGAAAGACAUCUGGGCUCAGUUGGGUGAAAAUGCCACGUUGAGCAAUAUAAAGGAACAACUUCCUGAAGAGAUCGACUGGCCUUUAUUAAGGCUUUAUAAAAGUUAUAUUAAAGGCAAAUUACCCUUGUAGAGGUAAAUUAUCUACGAAUAAAACCUCUGGUUUGCUGAAUGAAUCUUAAGAAAGAUAAUUCAAACCAAAGGUAUGACCUCCUUGCCUCUGGUUAAUCUUCAUAUUUUAGAAAGUGUUUUGUACGCAAAAAUGAAAUGGAAUAAGAAAUGAUUUUGCCAGUUGUCGAUAAUAUAAGGAUAACAAGGAACUUGUUUAAGCCAGUAACUAGCCUGUUGGCCGUUUUAACUGAAAAUUUGUUGAUGUUUUACAUCUGCAAAAGAACUGUAAGUUGAAUAUGUAGUCAAAUUGUACAAAUCUAUCUCUAUAAUAAUGCUGGAAUAAGAAUCAGCAAUAAAAUCUACUUUUGAUAAACAUUUACUUGUUUCAUAAACUGUAACUUUCAAUGAAAUAAAUAUGCCAUAUCGGAGAACCAUCUUGCGGCUUUUAA